UAUCUCUCUGCACUCUCGUCUCACAAAGUCAACGCUCGUACUCCCAGCAAAGCCAUCCAUAAUCGGAGCGGGAUGAUGCAACCAUUCACCACAUCCCCAGUGGCUCACGCUCCUAGAGCAGGCAGGCUCUCAUGGACCGGCGCUUCGUGCCGGCCCAGCAGAUGCUGGGUGAGAGUACGGUCCAUGAGGAACGGGUCUACCGAGAGCCUGGACCAUCUGCAGAGGGCCUCAAAGGCUAGACCGCGGCAGCAGCAGGGGACUCCCAGCGCCAGGAGGAGAGUCAUCCAAACCACGCCAUUUGAGCUGCUGCGGUUGCUGAAGUUGCUCAUGCUACUGUUGAGUCCGUUGUUGUUCCGUCCUCUGUCAGCGAAGAUCUCUCGCCAGCGGUCAACCUUAGCAGUAUGCCACCUCGUCUCAGAUGCAAGAAUAAAGGUUUCCUCGCUUGGUACGGCGCCUGUCCAUCUUCGAGGCAGCCAAGCUCGGUCCCCCCACAGGAACCUAGGGAUAUCUUCGUCUGUUCGGAACAGUUGUCUGCCAACCCAGUUCUGUCUCCACCUCAGGAUCCUGAUAGCACGAGAUCGCCACCUCCGACAUUGAGUGGCCCCUCAGCUGCUGAGCAAAUCAGAAGAGCUCUAGCAGGUCUAAGUCCAGAAGGAUCUAUUCACUCUGCUUCACUCUCUCCAGGUCGGGUGCCAGUCAUUACUUCCGAUGACACUACUGCUGCGCAGGACUUUGCUUUUGGGGAACCAGAUCCAGUUAACAUAUCAGGAGACAGUGACGAUGAUAUUCUUGAUAUCUUUAUCCCCUUUGUUGACAUGAGAGUAACUGCUCAUUACGCCACUGCUUAUGUUACCCCUCCAUGUGAAUGCCCUGGCAGAGUAAUUCGAAAAGCAAUGCAGGAUGCUCACCCUCGUUUUCAGUUCACUCUCAUCUCAGCUUGUAGAGGUGCAAUGACUCUAAGAUUUAUUCACAGUCAGGACAGAGACAUUGCAGUUGAUCACCAGGAGAAUCUUACAGCUGAAGGCCACUUGGUUAGGCUUGAACGGCCUGAGGACAGUGCGGCUCGCUUCAUUCAACACAACACUAUGCUGUCCGAACUAGACUGUAUUGACUUCCCGCCAGAGAUGUUGUUCCCUAACAAGAUAAGAAAUGCUUUUGAAAAUUACGGCGAGCUGAUGGAAGUAGAUGAUCAAUGCCUCUAUGGGGACGAACAAUCCUCUCUGCGUCUUGUUGUUCUGCACUAUCCUGGCAAGAGGAUGAGCCCUAGAUUUCGGCUGCGCUACAAUUUGGGGAUUGUCUGCACUGUCUAUGUCAGGGUUCUAAGAACAUGGGAGCUGGCCAUGAACGUGGAUGAAGAUGGAAAUUACAUUAAGCAUUAUGAACAGUUUCUAUUCCCUCAUCAGCUGGAUCCUCCCCGUUCAGGACCAACUGUUGGACCAGAGGCAGAGUUGGGCAACUUGAAUCAGGCUCCUUCAAAUCAAAUCUCUAACAACCAAAGACUUCAGAACAGGGGAAGAUUGCUUGCGAUUCUGCCUGCAGCUAGCACUGUCUUCAUUGAGGAAAUCUCUGAUACACCUGAAUUUUUUGUCCCUCCGUCAAUCCAUUCUGCUCCCUCCAGUAUCCAUGACUGCCUCCAGGACCUCGUGCCCUCAGAUACUGAAAAUGAACAUGAGCUUUCAGCCCGGAAACGCAGAAGGCAGAAGAAACGGACAAUUGAUUCAGAUGUCAAGAGGCGAUAUAGCGAAAGACUGGCGGCCAAAGAAGGACAUUUGUACAUUUCAAUGGAAUCCAAAGCAGCCAGAGCGAAAAAACUAAAGGAACAACUUGCCAAAUGCUCAUCCAAACUCAAUGACGCGGUACACAAGCACAAUCUGCUCGACCUUAACUUCAAGACUACUCCGAAAGCGUUGGAAGAUCUGGCUAUUGCUUGCAGUUUGAAUGAUCACGAUAUUGCCCAGCUUCGAAAGGUGUUCUCGUCAGUGGACUGAUGGUGAUCAAUACCCUCAAUGGGAUGGACAAGCCCAGCAUGCGUCUGCUUCUCUCCCUUUGUUAUGUUCUUUCAGCUCUUCUUCAGUUCUCUAGUGUCUUCUCUCCCUUCGUUAUGUUCUCUUUCAGUCUAUUUACUCCAUGUAAGCUGGAUUAUGUGAUGCUGUGGCCUUUUGCUCUUGGGUCUGCCAUGUGCUAUUUCGGUGAACCUAUUAUUAUUUCAUGAAUCGUUCUUUCUCUGUUC